ACAGGGGAAGAACGGAAAGUAUUUUGCUCUAUUUUUUUUCGAACACAAGAACGGAGAAAACUUCAAAUAUCACAGGCAAAAAGUCAUAAGGUAAUACAAGAGGGUUUCCUUGUAUAACAUUAUUGUCUGCUUGCGUGUCUUUCCCUUGCAGUCACGUGGUAAUCGACUGGGUAUUAAAAUACCCAGGCUCUCCCGACCACGAAACCAUAACACACACCAUUGCGUAAACAGAGCCACAUGGCAGAUCGAUACCUUAGCUUUAGCCGCAGUGUGCGCGGUACUGCCUCCCUCCAUGACACCAUAACCAGCGAGUGCCGAGUGUAUGGUCGCCGUUGGUAUAUACUUGUGGUGUUUUCGCUCAUCGCUGGCCUACAAGGUUGUGUUUGGAACACAUGGGGUCCCAUUACCGGGUCUGCAGGAGCCGUCUACGGAUGGUCGGACGGCACCAUCGCUUUACUCGAGAACUGGGGGCCGAUCACUUAUAUCUUAUCAUUCAUACUGUUUUCUUGGCUUUUGGAUGUAAAAGGAUUACGAGUGUCUGUCCUCGUGACAAUAUUGUUAAUGACCCUUGGAAUUGGGAUAAGAUGUAUCACAACAAAGCCAGCUCCUGCAACUUGGUUAAUUCAUAUAGGACAAUUUCUUAAUGAUCUUGGUGCCCCGGUAGCAAUGGGAGCUCCUCCUUUGCUCUCGUCAACAUGGUUCCCUCCAAACCAAAGGGCAACUGCAACAGCCAUAUCCACCUUGACAAGCUAUGUUGGAAUCUCUGCAUCAUUUCUUGUGGCUCCAUUCAUAGUGAACCCAAAUGACUUUACAAACAACACUUUCCAUAACAAUAUGAGUGGGGUGAACAUGUUUUCUUUAGUAAUGACAAGGGAACAAGCUGUUGGAAAAGCAAGAGAUGGUAUACAAAUCUACCUUUAUGCUGUAUUUUGCUAUUCAGAGCUUGGUCUUGCUGGUCUUCUCUUGGUGUUGGUUUUGUUGUACUUUCCUGCAAAACCUCCCCAUCCUCCAAGUUUCUCAGCUGCAAGGGAAAAAGCUGAUUAUUUACAGGGAGCCAAGCAGCUGUUAAAAAAUGUUCAGUUUUGGAAUUUGAAUUUACUAUAUGGUGCAACUACAGGAGUCUUUAGCGGAUGGGGUGGAGUCCUUGCCGUCAAUCUGUUGGCCUUUAAUGUGAAACAGGAUACAGCAGGCUGGAUUGGGUUCUACUCAAAUAUGGCGGGUUGCGUCCUUGGAAUGAUUAUGGCAAGGUCGGCAGACUUCUUCGCUGGUCGUAUGAAGUGUUUCUUGAUCUUCCUCUUCAUCGGUUCCACUGGAUCAUUCUUAUGGUUCUCACUCCUUUGCCAGGAUGCUAUACCAUUCAGUAAAGUCUGGCUAUACGUAUCUGCCAUUCUUGGCGGGUGCUUCAUCAAUGGCUCCAUUCCACUGUUUUACGAGCUAACCGUAGAGACAACCUAUCCUAUAGCUGAGGGUGUGCCUAUGGCGGUCGUGACCACUUCAAACCACCUCGCUUGUCUGCUUUUUCUGGCUGCCCUUAAUAUCCCAGGAAUCGGGACUGUAUGGAUGAACUGGUGCAUGGUGGCUAUCUGCGCUGGCUGCAUCCCAAUGUUAUUUUUUUUCAAGGAGAAGUACUCUAGGCUUGAGCUGGACGCUGGCAACAUACAGAAAGAGCGACAGAAAGCGCGGACCAAGUACUCUCCGAAUAAGACGGAGGUGGAGGGAGAAAGAAGGCCAUUGCUCUCCUCUGCCGAGCACGUUAAGAGUGAUGGUUACACAAGUAGCGUAAACUCCAUCAUCUGAUCAAAAGAGCUGUACAAUAGAGAGAUGGAAGAGACAAUAGGCACUUAGGCAAGAUGGGCUGAGUUGGGGGGGGGGGCACACUCGUUUUGCUUCUCUUCUUUUAUUUUUUUGCUAUUCUUCAAAAGAAAAGAAGGCUUUUUGCGGCUGAGAAGACUGCGCGCGCCCUGGGGUGGAGCGGUGAAAGUGAGAAAGAACAGGAGGGGAAAAGAAAAAGGGACGUGAGAAAUUAAGGGAGAACACCGCACAAAGAGGUUGAUUAAGAUAAGUAUACUUUGUGUCCGAGUCCCCCCUGACUUGGCAAGUUUAAUAUAGUAAUCAGUCUGAUUGUUCAUCGUACAGGCAUCAAAACUACAGCGGCCCUGUGGUAAUAUAUAAUAUUAAUCAUUGAAUGGAAUUACUAUAAUCGUCUAAUAAAAUCAGCUAAGAUGCA